AAGAAACUAUUGACAAACUUAACAAAGAAAUCAAGCAAUAUGAACAAAUGUAUAAAGCUAAUGAGAAGAAGAACAAUAAGUUUUGUGGAAAAGCUUUUGUUAUCUUUAAUAACCAAAAUGUAGCCACCAAGAUUAAUGACAAGUUGCAUGUUAACUCUACUAAGAGAGUUAUUAAAUAUAUUUGGAAGAAAAUCAUCCUUUGCAGGGCAAGGAGAGAGGAUAAGCCUUUUACUUUUAAAACUCAGAAAGCCGGUGAGCCUACUGAUAUCUUCUGGGAAAACUUACCAAUUACUACAGCAACGAGGUUUAAAAGAUCCAUGGUAUCGUUCUUAUUGAUGGGAUGUCUCCUUGUCUUUUCCUUCUGAUGUAAUUUGAUAUUUGGGCUCUUUAAGGAUAGCCUUGAGAGACAAUAUGAAGAUAAUGGAGAGAACUUUAAAAUUCAUCAUUCUCUUAUCCUAAUGUUCUAUAAUAUUCUCAAUGCAAUGGUGAUUAGUUUCUUUAACAUAAGUCUCAAGGGUUUGGCCAAAAUUCUAACUGAAUAUGAGAGGCAUGAUUCAUACACUCCUUACACCUUGUCCUUAGCGGCGAAGAUGAUUCUGGCAAUGUAUAUUAACACAGCUAUUAUUCCUCUUUGAGUGAACCAUAAUGAAAAAUAUUGGUUUUCAAGCACCGGGUUAAUUUCAGAUAUCUUCUACAAUACUCUUUCGAUAUGCUUUGUCGGACCUAUACUCUAUUUUUAUGACCCAACCCACUUGCUAAAGGUAUGUAAACGAAAGAGGGAAGUUAAAAAGGGUGAUAAAUCUACUUUAACACAGAGGGAGCUUAACGAGCUCUAUGAAGGACAAGAAAUAAGUCUUGAGAACCGAUAUACUUCAGCAUUUUUGAUCAUCCUGGUAUGUUCGACCUACACUGUCUUACUACCAAUUCUUCCGAUAAUCUGUUUCUUUGGAUUUUGAUACCAAUAUUGUCUGGUGAAAUACAUGUUGGUGAAUCAUAACACUCGUCCUAGAGAAGUUAGCCAUUUUAUAGAUUUUAGUGCCACAAAUAUCUUUGUUCUAAUCCUUCUGGUCAACGGAGGAAGUAUUUGGUACUUCUUAACCAGACUAUCAGAUGCACAAAAUUUCAUUGCUUGGCUCCCAUUGCUCCUCGCUGGAGGCUUAGUUUUGCUCCCAAUCAGUUAUGCUGAGAAGGUGUUUAAGAUAAACGAAGUUAGAAAGAGUGAUGAGGACACUUAUGAGUCGACCAUUAUGAAGCAUCACUUCAAUUAUCAAUCAAGCAAUCCUAUUGGAAAAGAUGGCAAGAUCAGCUUCAAAAGACUUUCAUCUUACGCAGUCCAAGAUAAAUUUAAGCAAAAGGAUAUCAUCUGGGGAAAUUUGGAGAAAGAUAUUAUGAAUUACCCUGGGCUAAAGAAACUUAUUUCAACAGACGCUAAUCCACUUGGAAUGCAAGAUUUCUCUCCACUUCCUCCUCGACCCUUGAUGGAAAGGAAAUCGAUGAGAUCAAAGAUGUCAAUUUGACAAAGCGAUAGUGAUGAAUCUGAAGAUGAAAGGAAAUACAAGACAACUAAGAAUAUAUUAAAUUCCAUUUAUCGGGACAAUAAGAAAAAUGAGAGAAAUCGAUCAGACACCUUGAAGGACAAAUUGACGAAAAUUGUUGAACAAAGUGAGGACUGCCCAGAAAGUGAAGAUGAAAAUAAUCUACAAGCUAUUGGAAUUAAUUUGAAGAAACAGAAGAGUUCAACAGAGACAGCGACUUUUAGGAAUGAUGAAGAGUCAGACAAAAGCCCUUCUAGAGUAAGGAGUAAGAAAACUGUCUCAGAAGUUGAAGAGAGCAAGGAAAUGGAAAGCAGCUCUUCACCCAGUGGUAGCUAUAGCGGAGAGGGAGAAAGCGAGGAGAGUGAAAGUCAUGAUAAUAGUGAAAGUCACGAGAAUAGUAGCAGUCAUGAUAAUAGUGAAAGUCAUGAGAAUAGUGAAAAUCAUUAGAAUAGUGAAAAUCGUAAACAAA